CAUAAGUUUAUUAAGGCAAUCAACAACGCCUUCUUCCGCGCGGCGCUCCACGGGAAGACAAGUGUGGUUGAAUUUCUGCUUGGUACUGGCCACAUUGGGCCUGAAACAUUCGACAAGGGCUUCGAAGGUGCUGCGGGGACGACAGGAGGAACUCAACUGGAGACGACUCUCUUCCUCUACUACACGCACCGUGCGUCGUCACAAUCGCUGAACAAACGACUGUAUGAGAACGAAAAUAUAUCCAGUGAUGCGAUCGUCACUGCUUUCAAGAGAGCUGUCGGCGGCGGCGGCAGUAUCCACGCUCACAAGUUGGGUCAGCCUGAAAUCGCCAUCCUGUUGUUUGAGGACGGCUGCAUUCCCCUGGAGACGAUUAACGAGGCAUUCCUGAGUGCAGCUCAGAAUGGACACGAUGAUGUUGUGGAGUGUAUGCGCAAGGAUCGUCGGAUUUCUUCAAAGUCGAUAGGUGAAGCCUUCGCGGCCGCUGCGGGGUGUGGAAACAGUGCGUUGAUGGAGAGUCUUUAUGACACUAAGCGCGUU